AUGGAAGACGACCAGAGCAAGAAGAUCAUUUUGGAUCUUCUUUUGCAGGAUUUGCAGGAUCUUCAAGAAGAACAGAAAGGGAAGCAGACUGAAGGAAGACAUACGGAUCUUGAUCUGGCUAUCGAUUGUAUGCGGAGGGACAUCAUAAGCAGCCAAACCUCCAUCGAGGAUGAAAUACUAGCGCAUAGCACGAGUGCUGCAAUUUCGACUGACCAAAAUGUACUCGCAUCGAUUCAACAUGAUGAAAGGGUUGCCGACCAGGAUCAUCGACUUGCACUUGCUAUUAACAACGGGGAACCAGCUCCCCCUCCCCAUCCGAACACUACUGGAGAAUUUGAAUUGGCAUCGAACGACGAGAAUGAUGACACUGUUUCUGUUGUUAUGGGGGACCUGAUGGAUCGGAUGUCUCUAAGAGACGAGUCCUACAAUGGGGAAAGCUCGUCGAGAGCAAUCUCAUCCUACAGAACACCAACUCGCCAGAGAGUUUGUGUCUCCUGCCUUGAGAGAUGCACCGUUAUCUUGUUCAUCGGUCAGUGCGGUCACGAAUUUUGUCUUGAUUGCACCCGGCAAAUGUUCCUCGGCGCGAUCAAAGACGAAGAGUUGUAUCCCCCUCGUUGCUGCGGCAAUGUUGUGCCACCCGGAGUUGCUAUGAGGGUUUUGAAUUACAAGGAGCUUCGCAGUUUCAGUGAAAGAGCCCUUGAAUGGACUUCCAAGGAUCGUGUCUACUGUGCCGAUCCAACGUGUUCGAAGUUCAUUCCUCCUUUCGCUAUCGACAAUGACCAUGGAACAUGCCACGAAUGUCACCAGCAGACUCAUUUGCCAUGCCGCUCCUUGAUACAUACUGGGGUUGAUUGUCCAUUGGACGAGACUCUUCCUAUUGUCUUGCGCAUAGGGGAGGCCGAGGGCUGGAAGCGAUGCCCCAAUUGCCGGACUAUGAUAGAGCUCCAACGGGGCUGUAAUCAUAUGACCUGCAUGUAA